AUGUCCUCCACCUUCAUUGUCCGUCCGGCCGGCGCGGACAAGGAUCCUUUUAGAAUCGGGUUGACGGCCGUAUCCAUGCUUUCGCUGAAGCUCAAGUCCGGCGACAUCUGCGAACUCCGGGGAAUCACGAAUGACAAGGACAAGGACAACAAUGCUAACAAAAGGAAAAAACUCGCCGUGGCUUGGCAGGGGUUGGGGCCCGGCAUGAAGGACUCGAUUGUGCAGACGUCGAGAUUGCUGCAGGAAGCGUACGGGUUGAAAUUGGGCGACAAGGUGGCGAUUUCGCGGUGGUCGCAUCCGAUGCAGAACUCGCCUUCUGUGACGCUGCAGAAGGUCGGCGAUCCAUCGGAGGAUGCUGACGCCGAGGACUACAAGGCCUGGGCGAAGAAGAUUGCCGCGACGAUUUCCCCCGCGGGAGAAUAUAUGGUUGUGUCCCAGAAGAUACAGUGUCCGCCGCCAAAGUCAGACCACGGGGCCGUACAAACGGUCGAGUUUGUGGUCAAGGACGUGGGUGUGCCCGACUCGUUGUUUGCGCGCGUCACGAGGGACGCGACGUUUCGAAUCAUCAGCAGCUCGGAGACACUGUCAGACCAGCAAUCUAUGGCCAUUGUUUUCCAACCGACGCACCUCGGUGGGCUACAAGAGCAAAUUGCUCAGGUACAAGACAUCGUAAGCGAUCUCUGCUACCCGGUUGCGAAACAGCAUUUUCAAGCAUACGAGCCGGUCCAGGGCCUUCUACUAUAUGGUGCUAAGGGAACAGGCAAAUCUGCACUGAUUGCCGCUUUGGCCGAUUGCGAGUGGCCAACGGUUCGUUAUUGGAAACCAGGCACGGAAAUCUACGCUUCGACAGAGCCCUGCCUGGUAAUUGUCCGGCCAGAGUAUCUCACUAGAAGCCCCAAUACCUCUUCAACUUUGUCCAGCGAGUUGGACUCUUUGUUUCAGCGGAUUCGCGGAAGCCCGACCCUCGUCGUCGCUGAAGCACGGCAUCCCAAUGAUAUUGACGAAAGACUGCGGACAGAAGGCAGAUUUGCCGCCGAGAUCGAGUUGCCCAUUCCCUCGGCGCUUCAAAGGAAAGAGAUACUGCUUGCGCUGAGAGGCAAGGACAGUGUCCCCACGGAUGACCUUUUACAGGAAAUUUCGGAGAGGACUCAUGGAUAUGUGGGCGUCGACCUUAGGGCUCUUCUCCGGGUUACGAUUCGCUUUGCAUCUAUGCACCCGCCACCUGCCGGCGCAGAGCAUGACGAGAAGACUCAGUUGGUAGUCCAACACGCAGACUUUGAGACCGCUCUGCAGCAGGUCCGACCGUCUGCCUUGCAGGAGAUCUUCCUUGAGACGCCCAAUGUGCGAUGGACCGACAUCGGUGGUCAGCACGAAGUCAAACGUCAACUGCACAACGCCGUGGAGCGGCCGUUGAAAUUUGCGGAUCGCAUGAAGAAGUUGCGCCUGCAGCCCAAGAAAGGAGUCCUUCUGUACGGCCCGCCGGGCUGCUCAAAGACAUUGCUUGUCCGAGCUCUGGCCACGGAGGCGGGUCUGAAUUUCUUGGCUGUCAAGGGUGCAGAGCUGAUUUCCAUGUAUGUCGGCGAGAGCGAGAGAGCAACGCGCGAGGUAUUCCGGAAAGCCCGAGCGGCCAGCCCGAGCAUCAUCUUCUUUGACGAGAUCGAUGCGAUCGCCUCUCGUGGAAGGAGCGGCAGCGAUCUCAACGUUCUGACGACGUUGCUCAACGAGAUGGACGGCUUUGAGGAGCUCCGCAACGUCUUUGUGGUCGCUGCAACCAACAAACCGCAAAACAUCGACCCGGCUCUGAUGCGUCCCGGAAGAUUCGACAACGUCGUGUACAUCGGCCCGCCGGAUCUCGAAGCAAGAAAGGAGAUCUUCCACAAGCGCCUUGACGGGGUUUAUGAGAGCCAAAGCAGCAGCAGCAGCAGCAGCCUCGAUGACGACGUGCGCGAAUUCGCCAGCUCGACAGAAGGGUUUUCCGGCGCCGAGAUUGUCGCCAUUUGCCAGAGUGCUGGGGAGAACGCCUUUGACGCCGACCGCGAGAUCAUCGUAUCCGAUGACAUCAGGAGAGCUAUCGGCCAGACCCCAAAGAGUAUCACGAGGGAGAUGCUGUUAGAGUUCGAGACGUGGAAUGCCGCACGCAUGCGGUAG